AUGAACAAUCUUACAAUUAUCUUGGGAUUAGCUUUGAUUGCUGUCGUUGCAGCUCAUGGCGGAGAGAGCUAUGUGAAAAGAUCAGAUCAUCAUGGACAUCAUUCAGUUGUGAGUCAUCAUGAAGGUAAAGAUGGCGGACAUGGGGAUGAAGGUCAUGAUGGAGGUCAUCAUGAUUAUUACCAUCACCCAGCAUACAAAUUCGAAUAUGGAGUGAAAGAUCCCCACACCAAGGAUCACCACAGCCAAUGGGAGCACAGAGAUGGUGAUGUCGUCAAGGGUGAAUACACUUUGGAUGAAGCUGAUGGCACCAAACGUGUUGUCAAAUACACUUCAGAUAAGAAGUCUGGUUUCAAUGCUGUCGUUGAGAAAAUUGGACACGCUCAACAUCCACAUCAUGAACACCAUUAA